GCUGCCAGGCACGCUGCCGCCGGCGGCCAGCCUCGGGCCCGACCCGCCGCUGCAGACCUGCCACACGCCCGACCCCAUGAUCAACGGGCUGUCGUUCAACGCGCUAGACUUCGAGCCGCUACCGCACGUCUACACCAUCAGCAACCAGAGGGGCUUCAGUCCGCCGAUGCGAGAGAGAUCUCCGACGCAGGAGAUGAACGACUUCUUCUUCCCCAUGAAGCACCACGGCGCCGGCGCCGGAACCUUGUCGCCCAGCUCGUCUGGACAUCUUGUGCACCAGAACGCCCUAUCAGCAAACACCUACAGUUUCGGAAAUCAGUCGAGCCAGCAGCUGACUGGUCUGCUGCCGGCCGGAGGGCACCACACAGCCGAGCCCGCCGGCUCCCAGAUGUUCCCCAGCAUGUCCGUCAACGUCAGCAUGAACAUGAACAUCGGCGUGUCGUCCGGAUACCAGCUGCCGGACGAGUCCUUCGCGCACCAGCUGCCGUGGAGUGGCAGUCCGCCCCAGUACCCGUCCGGCAUGUUCAGCCCCCAGCCGCCCCUAGUCAGCCCUCUCUCCAUGUCGGCCAGUUCGUCGGCCGUGCCGUACAGCACGUCGGCCAGCUACGCCUUCACGGCCGACCUGCGGCCGGAGGCCAGCUGGACCCACGCCGAGCGUAGCCAGCAGCUGGCCGCCUCCUUCCGCAGUCUGCGGCGCGUCGACGGCGCCAGCUACGGCUCCCACCUGGACGAGUCGCUGCUGUACGUCUGCAAGACCGAGUCGCCGGCGCUCGGCCAGCUCGACAAGACCAAUAUCUGCAGGGUAUGCGGUAAGGCCUACGCUCGACCCAGCACGCUCAAGACCCACAUGCGCACCCACAGCGGCGAGAGGCCCUACAAAUGCCAUGAGUGCAACAAGUCAUUCUCACAGGCGGCGAACCUGACGGCGCACGUGCGGACCCACUCUGGCGAGAAACCGUUCUGCUGUCCGAUCUGCGACAGACGCUUCAGCCAGUCCUCGUCCGUCACCACCCACAUGAGGACUCACUCUGGGGACAGGCCGUACAGAUGUCGCCUCUGCAAGAAGUCGUUUAGCGACUCGUCAACGCUCACCAAGCACAUGCGGAUACAUAGCGGCGAGAAGCCGUACCAGUGCCGCAUCUGCAUGCUGCGCUUCUCGCAGUCGGGCAACCUGAACCGGCACAUGCGCGUGCACGCGUCCAGCGUCUGUUGACGGCGAGGACGGGCCCUGUCACGCGUCGGCUCGCGGGUCGCGCCCUCCCACGCCCCGCACGGACUGACUGCCGGCCGACCUGGCAGCUCAGCGGCGGUGUAACCGCAUCGGGGGAGGGUCGGCGCGCUCCGACAGUAGCGAACGGCGACGGGCGGCCAUCUUCUGACAGGCGUCACCCGGCGGCUCGAUUUACCGCCGCGCGGCCGUCAACGACUGUCUGUCGUGGUCGCGUGCUCGCUGGGGAGCAGCCGUUGCUCCUGAGCGAGCGCGCCUCGGCAGGAGGGCUCGUGGGCCGCUCGUGGUCGCUCAGGAACAGUCGCUGCUCCGGAGUGAGAGCUCCUCGGCAGGAGGGCCCGUGUGCCGCACAUGGCCGCUCAGGAGCCGCCGCUGGUCCCGAGCAAGCGCGCGCCGGCAGGAGGGCUCAUGGGUGGACCGUGCAUGGUGCCGCCGGAGCUUUGCGGGGGCUACCCCUGCAGUCCGGCUCUGAAGCGCGGCCACUGGGCCGCUGUCCGGAGUGCUCUCAGGCGCGAGCACUGGGCCGCUGUCCGGAGUGCUCGUCUAGUCGAAGGCACUCCCGCAGGUCCGGCCGUGCUGUGAUACUGGGCGUGGCCGCCGGUCCCGCGCCGACCGGUGCGGGCCAGAGACGCCACGUCGUCUGACUCGGCCCGGCGGAUCCGAUCCCGGCCGCCCGAUCCGAUCCGAUCCGAUCCGAUCCGAUCCGGUGAAACGCUCAACAUUACCACGUCUAGUCGCUCGAAAGCGGGCCGCUUUACCUUUACCAAACCACUGCGCCGCGAGAAACCGCGCGUCUCGGAUGUAUUGACGUCCAGCUAGUGUGCGUGUGUGCAUGUGUGUGUAUGUGCGUGUCCUUGAUUAGUGUAAUAUACGUCGUCACAUGUCGAGCGUGACCUGAUGUGGUGACCCGAUGAUUAGACCAGAGGCUAAGCCAUUUGUAUCUUCGUGACGUCAACGGCCGUCAACUGGCUCUCAAUU